UUAUUGGACAAUAGCAGAUAUUAUUUGAUUCCAACUCUAAUUCGACAAUUCAAGUGCUGCGUUCAUAAAGAUAAACCCAUUGCGUAAAGCAAGAAGGAAAACUUGCUGUUGUCUUCUCCUGUAGACACACCCUUCUCGUUCUAAAUUAAGCAUGGAUACGAGGGUGCUUUUAGUUCUAUUCAUUGUCAGCACGUGCUGGUGCUGUAAUGCUAGAGAGCUGUUGACUGCUAACCACUUUAAUAGAAACGAUGAGAGUUUUUCAGUCCUGCAGACAAACAACAAGCUGUCAGAGGGAGAAUCCCACCUUGUGGAAGAAGUUAGCAAGAACAAUGAAUUGUGUACAUUAUGCGAAGAUUUCGCUUCUGAGGCACUUAAUUAUCUUUCAGAGAACAAAACCCAAACAGAGAUCAUUAGCAUCCUUCACAAAUCCUGCUCCAAGAUACCGACAAUCAAACAGCAGUGCAAUGUAUUGGUGGACUAUUACGCCCCCCUCUUUUUCUUAGAAGUUUCCACUAUACAACCUGACUAUUUCUGCCAAAAGGUUGACCUUUGCGAACAAGCGGUUUCCAUAUCUCAGCAGCUCUCUAAAAAUACAUGUGAUAUAUGCCAUCAUGCCGUUACAGAGGCUUUACUAAAGUUGAAAGAUCCUGACACUCAGAUAGAGAUAAUUGAGCUGCUCCUGAAGGCAUGUAAUUCCGUUGAAGGAUAUGCUAAAAAGUGUAAGAGAUUGGUGUUUGAGUACGGGCCUCUAAUUCUUGUUAAUGCCGAGCAGUUCUUGGAAAAGAAUGAUGUAUGUAUCGCAUUGCAUGCUUGUGCUUCGACUGUGAUUGGUGCAGAACAAGAAGCAUUGGCAAGGGCACAGCAUUCUGCAUCUUAAGGGUCACAAUCUCGACCAGUUUAGUAAAAUUGUCACAUUAUUACAUGCUACAACGUUCAUGUGAAGAUUGAAUAUUGCUUGAUUUUAAAAUAUAUUUUUACACUUCAUGACAGAUAGUCUUUGCAUCUCAACUCUGUUGUAUUUGCCUGAGAUAUACGGAUAGUGUUUUCUUUCAAACUUUAAUAUUACAUGUCCAUUGCAAUUUGCAACUAGUA